AUGUAUCACCUACAACAAAGUAGCAUAAAUGAUGAACACACGAUGAACCAAUAUUUGAAUGAGACAGAGUAUGGUAAUAACCCAAUAACUAUCGAUUUAUUUGAUUUUAAUCAAUUGAUAAAUCCGCUGUCUUCAUUUAGUGUAUCCAAAGAGUAUAUUUGCAUACAUGAUUUAUCUUAUGAAAUGGAAUUCAAAACAAUAAGCGUUGCCAACAGUUUGAAUGAUUUGGUUCCAAAACAUAAUAAGUAUAUAACAGAACGCAAACCUACUUCCGAUGUUAAUUUAAAUUUAAACUCAACAUUUUUGUGUGGUUGCGAAUGUACUGAUAAUUGCCUAGACAAAACAAAAGGUUCUUGUUGGCAACUUACUUAUGAGAGUAAAAAAAAUUAUCCAAAUUUAUUUAAAGAUACUAACAUUGGUUACAAUUAUAAACGACUAUACAAUCCAGUGUACACAGGUAUUUUUGAAUGCAAUAUCAAUUGUAAAUGUACGAACACUUGUUUGAAUCGUGUUGUUCAGGAACCACUGAAGACUUCACUGCAAUUGUUUUUAACUGAAAAAAAAGGCUGGGGAGUAAGAACACUUACUGAUAUUCCCAAAGGCACAUUUGUUUGUAUAUUUGUUGGAGAGAUUCGCUCUGAUGACAAUGUUGAAAAUGAUGCAACAAUAAACAGUGGUAAAUACAUGGCAAAUUUGGAUUUUCUCGAGAUAGGUGAAGAGGUCAAAGAAGGAUAUGAAAGUUAUGUUGCUGAAGAAGAAAGUGAAAGUUGUACUAGUACAUCUGAUGAAGAGUUUAAUCCUUCAAGUUGGACAAUCAAGAGUAAGAUGAGUGUGAAUAAAUCUAAAAUUUCAUUAAGGACGAAUUUACAAAACACAAACACAACAAUCGAUGGCAAACACCAAUUGUCCAAGCUAAAUAUCCAACAAAGAUUUGAAAGUAAGCACAAAUCCAUGAGAGAAUACUUUGAUAAAGACUGUGGCAUUUACAUAAUGGAUGCUAGUAUCAGUGGGAAUAUAGGUCGUUAUUUCAAUCACUCCUGUGAUCCAAACAUUUUUAUUCAGAAUGUUUUUGUUGACACUCACGAUCUUAGAUUUCCGUGGAUAGCAUAUUUUGCAUCAUCAAAUAUUUCAGCUGGAACUGAAUUAGCAUGGGAUUAUAAUUAUAUUGUAGGGAGCAUGCCAAACAAAAAACUAAAGUGCCACUGUAAAUCAAAAAAUUGCAAAAUCAGAUUAUUGUAA